UUAAUUGAAUACGAAGGGAUAAACAAGAAAAUGCCCCUAGGAGUGAGACAGGAGGAAAGAAUCGAGAUCUUUCAAAUCAGCCGUCUUUGAAAUCGGUAAAUAACUUUGACAAUUGACUCUCAUCACAGCAAAUCAGAUCGUUUUUUAUAUCGACAACGACCUCGAAAACUACAGAGACAAAUCCUUUAAAAGUCAUGAUGGAAGAUCCGGUUAACAAAACCAGGGUCGAUUGUGAUGCGGUAGAAACCAUGGGGCGUUGCGUACGUGGAAAAAUUAAUCUACUGGCUCAAGAAAAUCUUAUAAUGUACCAAUCAUGACCGCAGUUAUUAACAUGAAAAAGGUUGGAAUCUUUAUAGUGGGAAACAGGGGACAAUUAAAUUUGGAAAGAUCAAUUCUUGGAACUGAACUGUCUUCAGGGGCGGCAGGGAAGUUAAAUGGUAUUACAGUUAAUCAUUAUUGCAUAUUACAUUUUGGGCAUUGAAAUGAGUUGCAGAGGAGCUUCAGAGGAUAUGCAAGUCAUUAUAGCAGAGUAUAAGACUGUUUUGGACAUUGAAGUGAACUGUGAAGGAGCUUCAGGGGAUAUGCAAUUCAUUAAAGCAGAGCAGAACAAUAUGAGCUCAACUUCUGACGACUUUAGCAAAGUGGGUCUGAGCUCAGCCCAGCUUCAUGUACUGGCUGUGGAUGACAGUGCUAUAGAUAGAAAAGUUAUAGAGAAGCUGUUGAAGAACUCUUCUUACAAAGUAACAGCAGUUGAUAGUGGAAGAAAAGCUCUGGAAUUCCUGGGAUUAGGUGAAGAUUACAACACUGUGAAUAACAACAAUGAAUUGGAGGUGAAUAUGAUAAUCACAGAUUACUGUAUGCCAGGAAUGACAGGCUAUGAAUUGCUCAAGAAAAUUAAGCAGGAAUCAAGACUGAAGGAGAUUCCAGUGGUCAUUAUGUCUUCUGAGAAUGAGCCUUCCAGGAUGAUCAGAUGCAUGGAUGGAGGAGCAGAAGACUUCAUAUUGAAGCCUGUGCAGAUGUCAGAUGUAAAACGA